AUGCCCCCGUCCUGCAUGAUCUCACCCAUAGUACGCAUGCUCGUCACCCUGGCCAGUAGUGCCCUUAUGUCGCCCACCGCCAGUAAUUUCCCCACAACCAGGACUGAAGCACAGAGAUACUGCAGAGAUAAGUACACUGAAUUGGUCACAUUAGACAACAUGGAGGAUAUGAACAGACUGAUCAUUACUGUAGACAGUGGGUAUAAUGGAUCAGCCUGGAUAGGGCUGGAGAGAGGAGACACCAUAGUGAGGCAGUGGUCUCUGGCAGACAGAGAUUCCUAUGGACAGGGAGAGGCUGGGUUCAGGAGAUGGGGCUCUGGAGAACCAAACUAUCUUGAUUUGAAUGGAACAUGGAAUAAUGCCCAUGCGGUGUCACACAAUCUUUCAUCUGCUAUGAAGGACUCAACUCUGGGUCCUCCGCAGUUGCAUACAGAAAAAGCUAACGGAAGCAACGUGAGGAUCGGCCUGUUCAGUGACUCCUGGAAAUGGUCAGACCAGAGUGACUCCUCCUUCAGAUACUGGAUAGAGGGAGAGCCCAACAAUCUCAACAGGGACGGAAACUGUGUUGCAGCCAUGCUGUGUUCUCCCCCAGGGAGAAAGAGAGCUGUGGUGAGGAUGAAGAUCCACCAAAUCAUACCAUCCAUCAACAGGUCUUAA